CUGCUGCGGCCGCUUGACGAGACCACAGCGGCUGCGGCGGCGGUGGCAGCGGGCAUGACCUCGGGCGUGGAGGAGGCAGCUGCAGCAGUUGCAGCAGCGGUAGGAUCCGUACCCACAGCUGCUGCGGCGGCAGCUGGUUCCGCCCCAGCCUCUGGCAGGCUGCCUGUGCUACAGCAAUCGCAGUCGCAGCAGCCGGGGGGGGCCGGUAGCAGUACGGGUGAGGCGGUGGCUGCUGCUGCAGGUGUGGUGGUACCGCGGCUGGUUGCGGGUCUGGGUCGAGCGGCGUUCAGGCAAGUGGUGCUGACGGAGGGAGCCACGCCGUCAGAUCUCAAGUCCCUGGCGCUGCACCUGCACGAGGAGCUGGCGCUAGCUCGCGCCAUGGCGGCCGCUGCGGAGGAGGAGAAGGCGGCGGCGGUACGGCGGGAUCUGUUGCUGAAGCUGUACGGCAGGGUUCUUGAGGCGCCCGGCAUGUCACUGCGAGACACCUUCACCGUCAUACUGGACACGCUGUACCGGGUGAUCGAGUGCGACGUGAUCAAGCUUUACCUUGUGGACCACUCGCGGGGGCAGCUGUGGCCCGCAAGCAGGCAUGGAGCGGCGGAUGCGAACAGGACCCUCCCGCUGUACGGCACCCUGGCGGGCAGCGCGGUACGGCGUGCGGCGGUGGUGCGAGUGGACGAUGUGGCCCGAGAGCCGCUCUUCAACCAGGAACUGGAGGAGCUCCCCGCCGGCUACUCCUCCAAGUCCAUGAUGGUCAUCCCCGUCUUCGCGCCCUCGCACGUGCAUCCAGCGCACGCCCACCACCUCCGAGCCUAUGGCAGCGCAUCCCAAGUGCCGCCUACACCAACCGCAACCGCAACCGCAACCGCUAUUGCUGCUGCUACCAUCGCCGCCCCUCCAAUUACGGGGCCCGUAGCAGCUCUAGCUGGUGCACCUGCUGCCGCCGGGCCAAAUGCUGCUGCUAAUCCUGCCGACCCCAACAGCAUCACAGCCACAGCCGCGGCGGAUUCUGACGGCUUUUGCUACUACUCUGCUCCCCUGGCGCACAACCACCCCCAGCUGCCUCUUCAACCCCACACCACACAACACCCUCACGCCCAUCCUCCUCCGCCACCUUACCACCACCAACAUCCCCCAACACCUGCUCCUCAACACCCUCACCCUCCUCAGCAACCCCAUCAUCCACCUCACAAGCAGCACCCGCACCCUCACCCUCACUCUCACCCUCAACCCCACCCUCAGCACGCACCUCCGCCCCCCUCCCAUCCUCCCAGCCACCACCACCACCUGCAGCCCCAACCCCACCACCCUCACCACCCCCACCACGCUCAGCACCCGCACCCCCAGCCACCCCAGCAAGGCGACGUCAUCGCGGUCAUCGUCGCCGUCAACCGUUGGACCCCCUGGGCGGAGGCGGGCGCGGAGGAGGGAGAGCGCCGCAUCGAGCCCUUCAGCGCCGCCGACGAGGCCUCGCUGCGUGACGCCGCCGCCUCCGUCGGGCUGCUGCUCACGCGGCGUCGCGGGGAGGUUCUCCUAGCGGCGGCGCAGGCGCCCGGAAGCGUGGCGGGGAGCAGCUUUAGCGUUGCAGCGGUGCUGCCGGCGAGUGUGGCGAGGCAGCGGUUGAGGAUGGUGGCGAGGAGGAGCAGCGGGGUGCUUCUGGACACGCGGGCGAACUUGUGGGCGUUGAAGCAGGAGGAGCUGAUGGGCCAAGCUCGCGACGUGUUUUCCGCCCUGCACCGUCACGCCCAGCUGGCGACAUCUGCACCAGCUGGAGCCUGCGAGCAGCAGCAGCAGCAGCAACUCUUCGGAGGAGGCGGCCUUGGCGGAGGCAGCCCCAGUCCCAGCCUCGCCAGCAGCCUAGGUGGCAGCGGAGGCGGCGGCGGCGGAGGAGGUGCGCUUGCUGCGCUUGCUGGCGGCGUUGACAAUGAAGCCCUGUUGUCGUACCUCGUACGGAUUGCCGGGGAGCAGGGCUGCGGGCAGUUCUUCAAUCUGGCUCACUCGGUCGGGGUGUUGCAGGGCAUCUACCUCACGCUGCGCUCCAAUGUCGAGCUGGCCUCCGCCCUGGGUCAGCAGCACCUUCUAGCCUUGGUCAUAGCCGCCUCGCUCGUCAACAUACAACGGGAAGGCGAGUACCUACCCGGCAUGGCAGCCGGUGGGGCUGCAACGGGUGCCGCCACCGGAGCCGGAGCCGCCGGUGCUGGCUACAUGGGUCCCGGAGGCGGUGCGGCAUGGGUAGGCGGAGCGAGCAGGGCGUCUAGGAACCGUGCUAGCCCGGCGAGUAGUGUACUGGGGGCGGCAGCAGCAGCAGCGACGGCGGCGGCGGUUCCGAGCCCUCGUGCGCCGCCGUCGCUGACGUCUCGUUGGAGCCCCUUCGCCGCCGGGAGCAGCAUGCCUGAGAUAACGGAGCAACAGGAGCAGUCGCCGCAGCAGAAGCAGCCACAACCGCAGCAGGAAGAAGGGCGGGAAGGAAAGCGGCAAUCGGAUGCAGACGGCGAAGACAUGAGGCCCCCCCUGGAGGACGAUGACACACGGCCGCUGGCACCUCUUCCGCGCAACGCCACGGCAUCCUCGCGACACUCCCCGGCGUUCGGCUCAGGCAUCCUGAGUUCCCAGCCUUCGAGCACAGCCACUCAACCAUCUCAGCUAGCGACCGGCGGAAGUAUGGGUGUUGGCAUGGGCGCCAUUGCAGCCGGCCCUGUAUUCGGCCGCGCUCGUGCUGUUAGCGCUCGUAGGACGCGGCUAGCGGGCAUUGUUGACGAACUGUUGUCAGGGGAAAGCAACAUCUUGGCUUCGCUGUCGGCGGCAGAGGCGGCGGCGGUGAAAGCCAACGUCGUAGCACUGCUCGCGCUCCGAAACCAACCGACGGUCGUACUCGCGAUGGCGGGAUUGCAACCGCCAACGACGACCGCCAACAAGGCGCCGAGUGAGGGCCGUGUUGAGGAGACGCCGUUCGCGGCGGCGAGUGGUGUCGCUGCUGCCGCGGCGGCGCUCAAAGCUGAACCCAGCGGCGCUACCGGAGGCGCAGUAACUACGGAUAGCGGCGAUAACUUGGUAGUGGUUGAGGAGGUGACAGUGGAUGCGCCAGUAUCGUCGUCGGGAGCGUUUGCGGAGAACACUGAAGGGGAAAGGUCGUCAAGCAACCCGGAUCAGGGCAAGGGAGCCUCGCCACUCAGCCUCACCGCGCUCAUCCAGGCCGUCGAUUCCGACCCCGUGCGUCUAGCUGAGACGCGAGUGGCUGUGAGCGCUCUUCUGCUGCUGACCUGGUCCGAGCUGCUUCACCUCAAGGACACCAGCACCGCCCUCUCGCUGCUGCGCUGCCGGGCCACGGAUGUGCGCAACUGGGCCUCCCGCCAGGCCUCAGCCACAGGCAACGUGUCUAGCCGCCGGAAGAGCUUGGUGCUGCUGGGCGGCGGAGAGGACACUCUGGACGACGUGCAGAACCUGCUGCUGCUGGAGGCGCCCCGCUUGCAGGUCGAGGUCAUCCCCCUCUGGCAGCGCACCGUGGAGCUACUGCCCGGCCUGCAGCCGCAGCUCGACACCCUGCAAGCCAACCGGGCGGCCUACGUCGCCAUGCUGCAGGCGGCGUCCGCCACCCAGCUGCUAGACGGGGUAACGCCGGCUGGCGCUGCCGGGCGGCCUUUGGCCGCCCUCGGCGGCUUCGCCGCUGCUGCCGCCGCCUCCGGCGGCGCCGGCACUGCCCCUUCUCCCCUGGGCUCCUUGCCACCUGGACGAGCUUCGUUGCUGCGCAAUGCGUUAGGGACUCCACCCUCACGAGAGCCUCGCAGGUUCAUCAGUGUUAAGCAGCGUGCGGUGACGAGCGGUCGUAGCGUGCUGGGUGUGAUGCCGUCAGGGGAUAGCUUGGAGGAGGCGGUGACGAGCGACCGAGGCGGCAGGAGGGCUUUCAUGCGGGCGUCUAGCAGUCGGUCGUACACCGGACAAGGUACGGACGAAGGCGACGAAGGGUACGGCACGACGGCGAUGGCGGCGACGCCGCCGCCAGCGGCGGCUACCGCCGCUGUCGCCGGCGGAAGCAACGUGAUCGGUCGUCUCAGCACUGGCGGCGGCGGGAGCGGCGGCAGUGUAAGUGUGCAGCUGACCCGCCGUGGCGGUAUGUCUAUGUUGCGUAGCGUCAGCAGGGCUGCGCUGACGCCUGGAGGCAGUCGCCUGGGCCCGCAGCCGCAGCCGCUACAGAUACAGCACAGCGGGCCUGCCGGUAUCGCUGUGGCUACAGCCUCCGCAUCCCUUGACCUGGGCAGCCACGUGUGGCCUGAGGGUGGAGAGCCCUCGCCGCGAGGAAGCGCCCUCAGCAAGAACUUCCAGGCUCCCACGGUGGGCCCGCCGCUUGCGGCAACAUCCAACAGCGCCUUCCGGCUUCGAUCGCAGUCUCAGGACAUUAAAGAUGCAAUGUCGGAACUUACACCCCGCCGGGGCAGCAUCACAAACCGCUUCAAUCGUUUUUUCACUUCCUUCCGUCAUACCGUCCACAAUACCAGCCGCUCAGCUCAUCCAGUCGUCGGCGACGCCGCGUCCGCCGUCACCUCCCCCAUUGCCGCCGUCAGCGGCAGCGCUACCUCUCCCGUCAGCACCAUCACCGGCACCGCCGCCAGCGCUAGUGGCGGCGUCGGUAGUACGGCAGUGCCCGCCGGCUCCGUUAUCGUUGAAGUUCCGUACUCUGGCGUCCAAGAGAGCCCGCUGAUCUCUCAAUCCUCACAGGGACUGAUUAUGCAUAGCUCGGGCCCUGUCGGCGGCGCCUUGACAACGUAUCCCUCCGGCCCGCAUCCGCACAUGGUCGGAAUGUCGUCGCAGCUCACCAGCUGGAACCGCUCGCAGGCGCAGACACCGGUGGCCAUGUCUCCGACAACUAGCUUCAUAAUGUCGGCGCCAGCUUUGCCGCCGCCACCACCGAUGUCGUCUCCGGCCUCGCCCCUACGGGCAGCAGCCGCGACGUUGACCGCUGCUGAUCCCCGCGCCUCUGCUGCUGCUACCUCUGCAGCGGCAGCGGCAGCCUCAGCAGACACCGAGCAGGAUAAUUCCGCCGCCGCAGCAGCAGCAGCAGCAAACAGCACUAACUCGACCGCUGACGGCGUGUCAAGGUCUAUCUCUGGAAAGAGGCGGCUGCGGACGCGCAUACUGAACAAGCUGUCCAGUGUACGGUUGCCCUUCGGCGGCGGCGGUGGUGGCAAGAGUGGGCGAAGCUCUCAGCCGCAGCCUCCGCGGGCCUCUCCAGUACCUUUUGGAGGCAGUGGCAUUGACGCUGCCGCCGCGACGACGAACCCUCGACCCAACUCCGGUCCUGCGCUUACCGAGUUGUCGUUUGCCGGUGUGUGUGGUAAGGAGCCCCCGUCUUUGCCGUCGCACCCGCUGCCGUCAGGACUGUCAGUGACAGCGGCGGCUGCGGCAACCUCGCGCUUUGCCGGACCGGCAUCGCCGCCAUCAGCUUCGUAUCAGCCAUUGUCGCCGAAACGCCGGUCGGCAGCGCCCAGUGGCGCACUAGCGCUGGCACAGCAACAUGCCCUGUAUGCGGCACGUGCGGCGGCAGCCGCGGAGUCCUUCGCCGCGUGUCAGUCGACCUCCGCCGCUGUCGCGGCAUCAGCGGGUGUCGCAUAUUAUGGCACCGGAGAGCGAGAAGGCAACCCGGAGAUAGAAGCCUUCGGCUCCAUCGUACCUCUCUCAGGGAUCCUUUCAGGCGGCGUGCUGCCGACCGUUGCAGAACUAACGACGUCCGGUCGUAACUCUUCAACAUCGACGUCGCCUCGUACCAAUGACGGGCAUGCCACACCCUUCCCUGGCGGUCGUAUGUCGACCCCUGGGUCAAUCGGAGGCGGGGCUGCCUCGAUUCCCAGCCAUCCAUCACGAUUCGCGCCGCUUUCACUUCACAAUAGCGCAACACAGGCGACAAUGGCUCACGCCGCCGGCACCGCCGCCGGCGCGGCCAGCCACCCCAGUGGUUCUAUCGGGGAUCUGAGUGUGGCCCCUUCGGGCGGGUCAUCGACGACGACCAGGGCCCGCUUGUCCUCUGCCGAUAGGGCCGUCGGUGGCGCCUCGAGACGUCGUCACGACCUGGCGGCGGACCUAGCUGCGGACCUGGCGCCUUCUAAGGGCGCCGCACCAUCGAAGGGUGUCCUGCUAGGCCUAAGGCUGGCAAGCACUGCACUACGCUCCCUGGGCCGGGGUACCUCCGUAGACGCUGCCACGGCGGCUGCCGUCGCCGCCGCCACAGCACACGGCGGCGGUACACCUGAAGCGGCGCCGUACCUCGACGCGGCGCCGCCGACGCCACCGCUGCCGCCAGCAGCGGCGGCUCGCCCAGCGGCCGGAAGUACCUGUCGUCCCACAACUUCCGGUUCGGUUUCUGCAGCCUCACCAAGUGGCUCAAGAGGGCUGGGAACGGUUUCCGUCGGUUCGGUCUCCAAGACCACCUCACGCAAUCCCUCGCGAAUGAUGACGCCAAGCGCCUCGUUGCGUCGUGGUGGCGUGGGUAUGGGCGGCGUGGCUGCGUUACAGGCAGCCCUGGAGAUGGCAGAGGCGGCGCUAGAGGGCGCAGGAGCGGCCGGUGGCGGUGGCGGCGGCGGUGGCGUCCAUGGCGGCCAUGGCUCUGGCGCCGGCGGCAGCGGCGGUUAUCCGGCUGACCGUUUCGCCUACGACCGUGCAUUAAGUGGUUCGUCUCCCGACUCGAGCCGUCGCGGAGGGCGUACGGCAAGCAACAGCGGAACGACGGCGGCAACGGUUGCGGCGGCAGCUAUGCGCGCAUCGGGGGACAGCCUGCCACUUCCGUCUCCUAAGCAGAAAUUUGAAGCCUACAACAACCCAGCUUUCGGCUUGACGUCAGAGGACUCAGUCCCCAAGACUAGCGUGCCGCUGCUGAUGCAGCCGCCCUCACGCUUCUCCCUUAGGCGCAGCGCAACAGCUCGGCAAGCCGCGGAAGCCGUGGUGAUGCAGCCUUCAUUCCCCGAGCUUCCAGAGGGUUAAGCGUUGUUUCAAUCGGGAUCUCGUUCAGCUUUCAUAAAGGCCCAGGAAAAUAAAUGCGGGCUCCGGACAUGCGCGGUCAGUCAAGAGAGUUUAACAAGUAGAUAGGAAACCGAGGUAGGAAGGAGCCAGCCCGUUAUGUUGUGGUGGCAAUCCAUGCGCACGUUCAGUAUAGCGUUUAGUGAUGCUCGACGAACCUUUGUAGCUUGAUUUCGUUUCUGUUGUAUUUGCUGUUGGGUGCGAGCGUGUGGGUACCCUCGCGUGGAUGGGUUGGGUGUGUUUGGUGGUGUAUGGUGGGUGGUGUAUUGCGGAUGGUGUGUUGCGGCCCGCCACUGCGCUUGCCUCGGGGUGGAACGGGAGCAGCGGGGCCCAGCGGAAGGGCUCAUAGCGCUCGGUCCUUUUAGCGCUCUGCAUUGUAAGGAGGUAUGGGCUGUCCGAUAUGCGGACUUGUUGUUGGUUAUUGUUAUUUGCGCAGCCUGAUGGCGGCUGAAGCAGGUGCGGGGUUUAGGCACAGCACAAAAGCUGUUGGCCACUGGAUUUGCCUUCACCAGUCAUUACUUUCAUUGGCGCGGGAACCGUCGAGUAGGCGGUUGCAUUACAACUGUCACUUACUGUUGGCUGAGGGAGGGCGCAAGGAGACACCUGAUGCGAUGCCUCCGGUUAUGCUAUUGCUUGUUUCUGUGCACGAGACUGUUCAGAUACGUAGCUCUCGGAACAGACGAGGAGUUUACAGGGCAACUGCGGAACUCCGUUGUGUUUCGUGGAUGACAUGGAGGGCAUGUAGGAUUGAUAGAUCAUACGGAAGUCAUUUUGCCUUCUUCCCUCCCAUGUUACUGGAGGGUAUGCUAAAAGCAUUGGCCGUACGAUCGUACGGAUAUGGCUUCGGUUGCUGCUCAAAUAUCUUUGGAGCCUUGAGUCAAUUUUAAGAACUGUGUAGGCCAAUAAUGCGAUUUCGUGCGCUCCAACGACAUAUUUCCUGGUGCGAGAGGCGAAAUUGUUCCCCCUGUGGGUUGUCCAUUUUAGAGCGUGCGUAGGUCGUUAGGGUUCAUUGCUCGUAUUCACGUUUUGGCUGUUGGACAUAAUUUUGGGUAGAGGCAAGGGCACUAUGGGCUGAGUUAAUGUGAGUCUUUUACCAGUUCCUAACGCGGCUGACGGAGACCGACGCUAGCUUCCUGCACACGCCAUUGUGUGAAUGAACCUUGGCAAGGGCCCUCGGGCCGUCGUUCGUUUGGUGGGGUUCUUUCACCCGAAAUGCAGGCCGCAGUAGGCCACCGACUGAUGUAACUGACUGGUUUUAACUACCGGUCCUAGCCUGGCCUUACCUUAGCAUCGGUGUUAAUCAGGUUUCCCA